AUGACGCCGCCGCCGCCGCUCCUCGCCUGCCUCCUCACCCUCGUCCUUGCCGCUGCGGUGGCGCCACCGGCGGGCGCCGUCUGCGUUCCGCGCAAGCCCGGAGGCCAUAGCAAGCCAGGAGCACCGGCCAAGUCUGCGCCAUCGAAGCCGAAGCCGAAGCCCACGCAGGCGCCGGCGCCGCCGAAACCGACGCCGAUCGCUCCGGGCGCCGACAUCGUGAGGAGCCUGUGCCUGAAGACGGACUACCCGGACCUGUGCAUGUCGGCCAUCGCGAAGCAGCCGCAGCCGCAGCUGCCCGGCGGGAAGCGGCUGGACGGCGCCGGCGUGCUGCGGCUGGCGAUGGGCGCCGUGCGCACCAAGGCCGCCGAGGCCAAGGCCGCGGCGGGCGCGCUCGCCAACGACCCCAAGACGCAGCAGCUGGCGCGCGGCCCGCUGCAUGACUGCGUGGAGUCGUUCGACGACAUCGCCUAUAGCCUCGACCAGGCCGACAAGGCCCUCGCCGGCGGCGACCGCGACACCACGAGCACCAUGCUCGACACCGUGCGCACCGACGUUGACACCUGCGACCAGGGCUUCGAGGAGCGCGAGGAGCUCACGCCGCUCAUGGCUAAGCAGGACGCGGAGCUCGCCAAGCUCUCCAGCAACUGCCUCGCCAUUGCCACCGCUGCCGGCUUGCGCUAGACCCCAUGUAUCGUUCGGUCAUCCAUAGCUGUGCAUGUGCUAGCUCCUAGGCAGCAGCAACAACAUAUACUGCCCCUAUAAUUAACUCUCCACGCAUCAGAGAAGCUUCACUCAUGCAACACACUUGUAAUUGUAUAUCCAGGAAGAAGAUGUAGUUAGUGCAAUCGUUCCGGUUCUAACGUUGCA